AUGAUCAUAAUUUUAAUUUUACUCUUCUCCGGUUCUAUUUGUUUAUCAACAGCAGAAGGUUUCAAAUGCUCAACAACACCCAUCACCAAAGAUACCGGUUUGACUGGUGUCAUACCAGCAGGGGCUACAUCUCAAGUCAAAAUUCCAGCUAAAACGAAUUGCACAUAUUCCUUUGAAAUUCCAAAAGGCUUCGCUCUGAAAGUGGAUACUACCACAGAUUACAUGAUUUCUCCGGGAGAUAUGGUACUAUUUGAUAACUUCUUCAUUUCUCCACCAGCUAUAAACAAGGUUGACUAUGCAAUGAACUCGAAUGUCACAUAUCAGAUCAUUUCUGUUACUGGAAAUGUGACAUUUAUUGCGAAAUACACAUAUUUGGACUUGUCAAAUUACCAACAAGUGAUCAAACCAACUGGAACUCCGUUCAAUGCAACUUUGGAAUCAAACAAAUAUUACACUGUGAAAGCAAGUAAUGCUAAUGAUCAGGUCAAUCUGCAAUGCGGAACUCUUCAUGGUUCAGCCAUUUCAUAUACCUCAUUUGAAGUUUUCCUUUUCGACGGAAACGAUAUUUUCAACUCAAAUUACGUCGGAAGGGUACCGCAAGCAUUUGGACGUCGUUAUGAAUAUUACUCAACUUCUGAUACCCUUACUCUCAUCAACUUGUACGGUGGUCCUUCUGAUUCGUUGUUUUUGGGAAACGAUGCAUCUGUUGUCGAAAAUAUGGACACUUAUGGAGUUUACGUGAUGGACGCAAAUACUGAUUUUAAUGGUUGGAUGGAAUUGAAACAAGAGAUAAAUAUCUUGCCAGACGCAUGGUACACAGUUAUCUGUAAUGGAUGUCCCAGUUUUUCGAUUGAGGCUAUGCUGUUUGAUACUCAGUGUGAUUACUCGACUGAAAAAGGAUAUGUGGAAAUUCAAGGAAUGACUCCAACUCAAAAACUCCCUCCAAUGCUUCACUAUCAAUACUCUACAAACAACAAUGACAGUUUUCCUCAACUCAUUCCCUCUCCAAUAGCGACUUUCCAUCUUCACAAUGCCUCAAUUCAUUUCUUUUUCCAAUCAAGAGCUCAGCAACAAGAUUUCGUAACAGCUCCAGGAACAUCUAGAUCCAUUUCUUCUCCACAAUUAUGGAAUCCUGAUGCCACUCCAGCAUUCGAUUACACGUUUUCUGAUUCAUCGAAAGUCUGCAACUUUUCUAUUGAUUUGCAAACGAUACAAUUAGAAAACGAUCUAGACGUUCUGAGUGUAGAAGUUGGAUCAGUCAACGGGCUGACUACAUUGGAUAAAAAGUACACCAAAACUAAACUCGAAAACGAGAACAUAUCUGGAUUAGGAAACUAUCUGAAGCUGAAGUACUCAGGAACAAAUACAUCUAAAGUGGUUUUGAACUUUGAAACAAUUGACCCAUUGAAUCCAGCCGGAACUACUAGUUUGCCUUCUGACAUCACUUCUGUGUCAACUCGAGCCACUCGAGUAAGUACUGUUUCUGUUCAAUCUACUGUAAUUACCAGCAAAAAUUCACCGAUUGUUGUCACAACUACACCUCUCAUUACAACUAAACCAGUCAUCACAACUACACCUCUCACCACAACUGAACCAGUCAUCACAACUACACCAGUCAUCACGAGCACUAUUACCACCAGACAGACUCCUGAUACCACUAAACUAAUGUCCUCGAUCUCCACCAACCAUCCGACCUCUUCACUCACAACAAGCGGUUCUACACAAACAACAGUUUCACAUCCAGAGACAACAACCAAAGGAUGUUCCUCUUUGCUUCAAGCCAGAAUCUUCAUUCUUUUCUUGUCGACGCUUCUGUUAUGGUUGUGA